UAACAACAGAGGGAUAAAUGUGCCAGUCGAUGGCUUAUCUGUACAUUAAAACGUGUUAUUAUUUUUUUUUUAACAAUUUAGCAACAAAGAUUAAUUGUUAAGUAAAAUAUUUUAUACUAGUGAUUAAAUAAAGAAAUAACUGAAAAUGAGUUUUCAAAAAGGUAAUUCCAAUAGAUCAAGGCCUCAAAAAUAUCAGAAUUCUCAUGCUUUCAAGAAUAAUCUCUAUGAUACAUCUCACAAAACAAAAACAAUAAAUAAUAUUCAAGUAGCAAAUGUUUGUAAAAGAUGUAAGGAAAUAAUUGAAUGGAAAAUUAAGUACAAGAAAUAUAAGCCUUUAAAAGCUCCAAGUAAAUGUACAAAAUGUGAUCAAAAGUGUGUCAAACAUGCUUAUCACAUAAUGUGUGAAUCUUGUGCUCUAAAAUUGGAAGUUUGUCCAAAAUGUGGCGAACAAACAGAAAUAAUCAAAUCAGAAGUCAAAGAAGAAGUUCUCAUAUUAGAUAGGGAGCUCAGAUUACUUCUGAAAAAAUUACCAGAGAGAAAAAGACGUACCUUUUAUCGCUACAUGAAACGAGGAAACAAAAGCGAAAAAAAAGAAAAUCAUUCAGAUAAUGAUGAAAAACAAUUAAAUAGAGAAGAAAAAAUAUUAAUCACUGAAGAGAAUAAAGUAGCUGAUCUGGUUGUCCCUUUAACAAGAGAUGAUUUAUUAGCCAAGUUACAGUCAUUGAUAAUUUCUAACGAAAGAAGAAAAAAUGAUGAAGAUGAUUACUAUGAUGACGAUAUUGAUGAUGAUGAAUUUAAUAACUUUUGCAAGAAAAUGAAUAAAGAUAUCAAUAAAGACAAUGUCAAUAAUCAAUCUACAACAACUACUAGCCAGAAACCAAGUGAUAUUGAUCGAACUUCGAAUAACAAUACAAGUAAAUAUGAUAAUGUUAUUAAUAUUCUUGACGUUAUGGUAGACGUAUGCGAAACUAGCGUUAUUUGCAAGCAAUUGGAUUGAUAAUAAUAAUGAUGAUUUUGAUUGAAAAUACGAUUGGUUUAAUGGAUGUGAAAUGUCUUAAUUAAAAAAAAAUUUAUUGUAUAAAAACCUUCUAGAAAUAAGCCAAUGUUAUUACAUUUUUUAUUCAAUUUUGUUUUAUAUUUUUUCUUUUUGUUGAUUAAAUAUUGAAACACUAUUCACGAUAGAAAUUUUUUCUAAAAUUCAUGUAAUUUGUAAUAUAUGCUUUUAAAUGACUAAAUAUAGCACAAUACUCUAUAUGAGUAACAUGA